AUGCGAGAAUUUCUCGUGGAAAGAAUUUGGAGUCGAUUGAGCUGUCCAAUUAGCAAGCGGACCGGGAACAAAUCUGUGGAAGUGAUCGAAGAGGCGAUCAAGUACAUCGACCAGCUCCAUUCCUCGCUGCUGGAGCGACUCCAGAAGCGACGCAUCCUCCCGUCCCGACUCCAAGGAGUCCCGGUGAACGCGUCGGAUCCGAGUUCGGUGCGCCGGUUCGUGCACAACCUGAUCGGGUCGACGGGGGGGUCGACGGGACCGCCGCAGGCGACCUCGGUCGACCCGAGCGGGAAGUCUUAGGUCCGAUUUUUUGUGAUAUCCGGCCCCUUUCGUCGAAAAAGACCUUGGAUCUCUCGUCUCUUCAAGUUCCACGUUCGAGAAAGUUUUAUUUAUGGUUUCCGUGCCAAAUUCGCAUUUUCGCUCCUUCCGAGUUUGUUGCUGAGUUCUGGUGCAAUCCCAUGUACAUACACAUGCUUUAGUUUUUUUUUUGUUCAAAUAACGAUGCAGAUGAUAAUGGCUGUAACCCUGUUUUUAAUCGCAUCUUGGUGAGUAAUAAAACGAAUAUUUUCAGUAC